CAUGGAGUACUUCUGUAAAUUUUGGAGUUAGAGCAUUUUGAUGUGUUUUUAUGGUAUAAAAUUCAUGGUCUGAUUUUCAACAUCGAUUUGAGCUUGGGUCUUCGGGUCUAACGAGUUAACCCUAAUUCUUACAAUGUAACAAGAAAAAAUCAGGGUCUAACUUGUGACUUAACCCUGUAUUGAAAAAAGAAGUUAUGCUGGUUUAAGUCACAAGCAAUUCCAUUCCAAGAUUCUGGCCUAUAGACAGCAAAAGAAUUGAUAUUAUAUGAUUUCUAAGCAUGGAAAGUCACCCUUCCUUUAACUGCAAAAUUAGAGAUGCGGUUAACCCACUUCCUUAUUACCUCCAACCUUGAAUUCUGCAAUAUUUCUUGAACUCAUAGUAGUUAUUGCUUUUAUGUUCAAGUAUUUACAAACAUACGAAGGAUCAUGGGGAUGAACAUGAGUUUCUUGGGAGGAAAAGCUCUAUCAACCACCCAGAUGUUGAGUCUGGUAAUGAACAAACUGUAUAAGCAAUUUGUUGAUAAAGAUAUCAAGGACUUUGAUGCAUUCAAAGUUGCCAUUAUUGAUACCUUCAACACUAUCAACAUGGCUUUACCUGGCAAGCAUUAUGAUUCACCAUCAUACGAGGAUGUAAAGGACUUUUUCAAUCAAUGGAAAGAAGCCAAUGAGGAAACCAAAAAGGUGAUGUUCAUUGACUUCAUGAACAAGAAUGUGACCCUCAACAAAGUAGAUGAAUCUAUUAUAGUCACUGGAAUUGUGGCACCUCCAGCUGCUAUGGUGGCUAAGAAAACAGGACAAACAGUGCCUCAGUUAACAUUCAUGAAUGCCAUCCCUGAUGUUGUGUUUGUGCCCUCAGCUACAGUUUUGGCUCUCAUUGCUGUCAGGAUCCUAGGACUAAUGUUCAGGGAAAACAACAGAUCCAAGUUUGCAACAUGUUCACAUAUGGAUGCACCUUUGAAUAACAUUCCUCCACCCCCAGUUGCACAAGAUGCACCUUCAACUUUGAAUAACAUUCCUCCACCCCCAGUUGCACAAGAUGCACCUUUGAAUAACAUUCCUCCACCCCCAGUUGCACAAGAUGCACCUUCAACUUUGAAUAACAUUCCUCCACCCCCAGUUGCACAAGAUGCACCUUCAACUUUGAAUAACAUUCCUCCACCCCCAGUUACACAAGAUGCACCUUCAACGCUGAAUAACAUUCCUCCACUCCCAGUUGCACAAGAUGCACCUGUAGUUGAACCUGAAACUGCACCAGACAUGCGUCAACACACCGCCAAGGGGAAAUUCUGUGCCUUAUGCAAUAAAUUUCAUUGAGUAACAGUCAAAUAUCAUGUCAAUAUGCAUAGAUGUAAUCUUAGUCUUAAAUUAUCAUGUUAUAAAAGGUAGAAAAAUGUUUCAUCUAGAAAAGUAAUGGAAUUGUUACUUUUAA